AUGAGUGACGCCGAGGAUGUUUGCGGAUGUUUGGUGUGCGCCGUGCUGUGCGGAGUAUGUUGCGUGGCUGCAGCGGAAGAAGACAAACGGGAGCGGGAACGAGCGGCAGCAGAGGCCUUGCAGCUGAAGAACCCAGACGUCAUCAUGGUGAACCCUGUGCCAGUGCCCACGCCGUUCUCGCAGCUGCAGAAGCAGACACAGGCACAGCUAGAUUUUGCUGCAGUACCAAUGCUGGAGACGAAAGAGCCCGAACCGAGCAAGAAGAAGAAGUCGAAGAAACAUAGGGACGGGAAAAUGCACAAGAGGAAACUAGGAGGCAAGCGUCGUGAGCCUCCAUCAUACUAA